AUGGGUACUCUUCUUCCAAGCUCAAUAGAAGAGCAUGAAAAAUCAGAGAAGCAAAAUAUAUCUAUACGAAUUCAACAAAAAGAUGUUGAUGCAGGUGCUCUCUUUGUCCUCAAAUCAAAAGGUUCAUGGGUACAUUGUGGUUACCACUUAACAACAUCAAUUGUGGCAGCACCACUUCUGAGUCUUCCUUAUGCUUUCACAUUCCUUGGAUGGACUGCUGGAAUAUUUUUCUUAGUAAUUGCAGCUAUGCUUCGAUUUCGAGACAUGGCUCGCGAUAUUUUAGGUCCUAAGUGGGGUCGUUACUUUGUGGGGCCGAUUCAAUUUGCAUUAUGCUAUGGGGUCGUAGUUGCUUGUAUUCUUCUUGGCGGUCAAUGCAUGAAGGCAAUUUAUGUCUUAUCAAAUCCAAAUGGGUCAAUGAAGCUUUACGAGUUUGUCAUAAUAUUUGGUUGCUUCAUGUUGAUUUUGGCUCAAAUCCCAUCUUUUCACUCAUUGAGACACAUUAAUCUUGUCUCUUUAGUUCUCUGCUUACUCUAUAGUGCUUGUGCUGCUGCUGGUUCUAUAUAUAUUGGAAAUUCAUCAAAAGGACCAGAAAAGAAUUAUACUUUGAAAGGUGAUACAGAAAAUCGAGUAUUCGGAAUCUUCAAUGCUCUCAGCAUCAUUGCCACUACCUAUGGAAAUGGAAUCAUUCCUGAAAUUCAGGCUACGUUAGCUCCACCAGUUAAAGGAAAGAUGUUCAAGGGAUUAAGUGUUUGUUAUACUAUAGUAAUUGUCACUUUCUUUACUGUUACUAUAUCUGGUUAUUGGGCGUUUGGCAAUGAAUCUCAAGGUCUUAUCUUAAGCAACUUUGUGGAUAAUGGGAAACCAUUAUUGCCCAAAUGGUUUGUUUACAUGAGCAAUGUUUUUACUAUAGCACAAUUAUCUGCUGUUGGUGCGGUGUACUUACAACCUACAAAUGAAGUAUUAGAGCAAAUAUUUGGAGAUCCAAAAAGUCCAGAGUUCUCGACCCGCAAUGUUAUCCCUCGAGUGAUUUCUCGAUCAUUGGCAAUUACUAUAGCAACCGUUAUAGCAGCCAUGCUUCCAUUUUUUGGGGACAUAAACUCACUUAUUGGAGCUUUUGGAUUUAUGCCACUUGACUUUGUUUUACCUGUAAUUUUCUAUAAUUUGACAUUUAAGCCAUCUAAGAGAAGUCCUAUUUUUUGGUUGAAUGUAUCAAUUGCUGUUGUUUUUUCUACAUUGGGAGCUAUAGCAGCAAUUGCAGCUGUUAGACAGAUAGUCCUUGAUGCCAAAAAUUAUAAACUAUUUGCUAAUGUAUGA